UGGAGACAUCUGAGGUUUAAUGGGGACUUUCCAGCAUUCCAGACUGCUGCCCUGCAAUGAAGCUCUGAGUCACGGUCUUCGGGACUAAGGUACUGGCAGCAAUGAGGAACCCGGGACAGCCAACCUCACUAACGUUCACUCUGAGCAGAAGCCCAAAGUGAGUCUGGCCUGAAAUCAGAGCAAGCACUGGAGAAAGACUUCUUUGUUAAUGGAAAGAGGAAAGGAGAAAAACGUUUCCAAUAAAUUGCAGCAAACUUUCCACCAUUCUAAAGAACCUACCUUCCUUAUCAAUGAGGACGUCCUAUCUAGUGACUCCCAUUCUAGUCUUUUGCCAGAAACAGUGUGUGUCAAUACUGGUGAAAAAAUAAAGAGAAGCACUCAGAAAAAUAGACCUGGAACUGUGAUACUGUCAAAACCAUCAAGUAGGAGAAUUAUGUCGCAAAGCCACUUUAGCCCACCUGUGAUCCCAUCUCGCAGGCCUGGAUUCCAGGUAUGCUAUAUCUGUGGCCGAGAAUUUGGGUCCCAGUCCCUUGCUAUUCAUGAGCCCCAGUGCUUGGAGAAGUGGCGUAUUGAAAACAGCAAGUUGCCCAAGCAUCUGAGGAGACCAGAACCCUCCAGACCACAGCCUCUCAGUGGCAGUGGGUCCUACAAUCUCCAGGCAGCUAAUGAGGUUGCAUUUCAGAGUGCCCAGGCUCAGCUGCUGCCCUGCAAAUUCUGCAGUCGCACGUUCUUGCUAGAUCGUCUCCUUGUUCACCAGAGAAGCUGCAAGCCAAAGGGUGAGGAUCCUAGAGCACCAAACCCCAACAGUUCUGACGAUCUUACUGGUCUCAAGAAAUCUUCUGGUAGAAUCCCAGCCCAACAAAGGACUCUCAUCUGCUAUAUUUGUGGCAGAGAAUUUGGCACACUGUCCCUUCCUAUUCACGAGCCCAAAUGUCUGGAAAAGUGGAAAAUAGAAAAUGACCGACGCCCUAAGGAGCUCCGCCGGCCCCUCCCACAGAAGCCUCAGCCCCUUUCAACUGGACAGUUCACCCAAGAGGGGCCAAGUCAAGCUCAGCUUGUGCCCUGCCCAAAUUGCAACCGGACCUUUGCCCCAGACUGCCUUCUGGUACACCAGAGAAGCUGCAAAUCUCAGUCUAGUGGGCCAAGAGAUCAGAGUUUGACCUUAGGGAGUAAAGGUGGCUUAAAAGAGUCCACCAAUUCCAAGCAGCAAAGGAACAUGGCAGCACCCAGUGUAACUGAUAAGGUAACUUAUAUCACAUAAAGUGCAUUAGGUGGACCUGGGGGUGCAUUCUGCUUCCAGGGAAAUAAGAAAAAUCUAUCCCCAGAAUCAGCUGCUUCAGCCUCUAGGAUUUUUUUCUUUCAAUGCCUUAUUUCUGCCUUAAUGCAGCCUGUCCAAUCCGACCCCCUGUUGGACUCCAGAGGCUAUAUAUUCUCUUGGCAAAAUAGAUAUAAGAGCAUCCUUGCCUGAUGGGUUCAUAUUCCUCUUCAAUUCUGCUGAUUAAAAGAAAGAGAGAUGAACUUCUUUCCUCUCUGAUCUCUCUUACCAGUGAUCCCUGGGAGAGACUGCUAUUUGAAAAUGAGUCAUUAAUGCUGUGUCUACAUUACAAAGAUAUUAUUC